AUGCUUGCAGCAGAAUCUAGAGACCUGUUUAAUGCCCCAGCUGCAUCCCAAACAGCAAGAGUGGACAACUCCGCUCCCUAUUAUUCAGACACCCAACCAACACAACAGUCACUGCAACAGCCACAACUCUCGGUUCUAUUCAAUAUAUCUAAAAAGGAACAAUACACGCCCAGCAAUGGGUUCAAGUCGUUACAACGAAGGCUGCGGUCAGCUUUCAAAAUCGGCUUAUUCAAGGAGGAUAUGAAUCUGCCUAAACUCACUGAUACAAAUUUGCUCAUCUUUGGUGCUCCAAGGGAAAAAUUCUCCACUUCCGAGUUUUCGGCACUCAAAGCAUAUCUGGAGCGAGGUGGAUCUAUUUUGUAUUUGGCUGGAGAGGGAGGCGAAUCAGUUUCCAAUACCAAUUUUAACUACCUACUUGAAGAGUACGGUAUGAUGGUCAAUCCAGAUUCAGUUACACGUACUGUGUAUUUUAAAUAUUUCCACCCAAAGGAAGUUCAUGUGAGCAAUGGUGUAUUGAACCGUGAACUAAAUCGGAUAUCUGGAAAGCGGGAAUUGAGUACGUCUGACCAGUCGACACAAGAUUUAGGGAAGACCAAUCCCAGCUCCUUGACAUUUGUAUAUCCGUUUGGGGCCUCGCUAAAUGUGCAAAAACCAGCUGUUCCACUGUUGUCGUCAGGAACUGUAUCGUAUCCGCUCAAUCGACCGAUUGGUGCUGUGUAUCAGACAUCCAAUAAAGGCGGAAAGAUGAUUGUUGUUGGAUCAGCCAAGAUGUUUUCAGACGAGUAUAUUGAAAAGGAAGAAAAUGCCAAACUGUUUGAUGUGUUGAUUCAGUUGUUGACAUCUGACAAGGUUGUUUUAAACAGCAUUGAUUCCAAUGAGCCUGAUAUUUCUGAUUAUCAUUAUCUCCCAGAGACCCCAAAAUUAUCAGAGACGCUACGAUCGUGUCUGCAGGAAAGUGAUGAGUUACCCAAGGACUUUUCAACCAUGUUUGAUAUGAAGCUGUUUAAAUUUGAUACUAGUCUGGUUCCUACAGCAGUUCGAUUGUAUUCACAGAUGAAUAUCAAACACGGGCCGUUGACACUGAUUCAACCUCAGUUUGAAACACCGCUGCCUCCAUUGAUACCAGCAGUGUUUCCACCCAUGCUAAAAGAUUUGCCACCACCCUCACUUGAUCUUUUUGAUCUUGACGAGCAAUUUGCAAGCGAAAAAGCGCGGCUAGCGCAACUCACCAACAAGUGCCAUGAUGAUGAUUUGGAGUAUUAUAUUCGUGAAUGUGGUGAUAUUCUUGGGGUGACUGAUCGUAUGAAUGCCAAUCGAGAUGGCAGCAAUGCAGGAGAGAAGCCCGAUGCAAAGCAUAUACUCGAGUAUGUGUUCCAGAGUAUUGCCAACUGGAAAAAACUAGAUCAAGUCUAG